UCUCAGCUUCUCCAGAGCACUUCUAAUAGUGUUUUCACUGAGCACUUGGACUACAGGACAGAAAAGAAAUUGUGGAAAUGAUCACUAUGAAAAAAAUGGACGGUGCUGCAAAAAGUGUGACCCUGGAACUUAUAUGAAGGACUUUUGCUCUGAAACUCGGGAAACUGACUGCAGAGCCUGUCCAGAAGGGACUUAUGCAGACCACAUCAAUGCCUUUGACAGGUGUAAUAAAUGCCCUUCAUGCCAGCAAGGGUUUGCCGAGAACUGUACCAAAACCACAAAGGGAAAUUGUCAGUGCCGACCUGGCUUCCUGUGCUCUGACAAGUCAUGCUCACUUUGUGAGGAAAACAAGUGCAGCGCAGGAGAGGAACCGAAGAAGAUAGAUUUGGGGAAUGGAAGCUAUUCUUAUAAAUGUGAAUUUAAAUGCCCUGGGAAUAAUUUCUUUGAUGCAAAAGAGGACACCUGCAAGCCAUGGACAUUAUGCGGUGCAAACAAACUUGUUGAAAAGACUCCAGGAAACAAAACUCACGACGCUGUUUGUAUUGAUCCACAAGGAGAUCGCAGAGACCAUACAAAUGCUCACUGGAUCAUGAGCAUUGGGUUUGUUUUUCUCUCCCUGACCCUCUUUUUGUUUAUGUUUUACGUCUGCUCGAAGAACCUGAGGAGGAACCAGAGGAACAGUGUCGCAAGUAAGAUUUCAGUCCCGGCGGUCAAAACCAGUGACUUCCACCUUUCAAAGGAGGAGAGCGGACUCAAGCUCAUCAUCCAGGAUGAAUUCAAGGACUGUUGCAGUGUGAGUCAAUUGGACUCAUCACUUUUUCAUAAAGAGACAACUUGUUCGGUUUGAUAAGCAAUGGACCUUACAAAGCUCGGCCUACAACCGACCCACGUGACCGCAAGUCUCACAAGCAAAGCCUCGUAGCGCAUUGUUUCUAUGUAAACAUGACUCCAUUAGUGCAUCAUUUCUACCGGAUUUUCACAAUAUAUCAGCUACAACAACAGACAGAGGAAAUAACAAGUUCAUUUCAUCAUCUGGGAGGGGGUUACUGGUUUCUCAGUCACAAGCUGGUUGCAAACCUGAGGCCAGCAUGUGUCAGUCAGUCAUGUCCGGAUUUCACGUCCUGUCCCGGGCGUCCCGGGAUAUUUUUAGAAAGUGAGGAAAUGUCCUGUUUUUUGCAGGACCCGGUCCAACGUGUCGCGGUUUCUAGUCACAGUAUACGUUGCAUAUUGAUCUGUUUAGCUAACGUAAGACUGUGUAGCAGACAGGCUUCAAGGUGUAGAAGUUGUAUCAGUGCUGCCAUUAUGCUGUUCUUAGCUAACGGGAGGCUCGUGUUUGUGAGACGGCCACCCACGUGACCACGUAGAAUGGGCAUCAGCCAAUGAAAAGCGGCCCCUCUGGUAAGGUCCAUGACUACCACUGGAACACAUAUCUAUUAGUGUACACACCACAUUGAAAUUUUUGCAUUUUUUCCGGUUAAUGCAGCCACCUUCUGUGUGACAGACGAACUAGCACAGAAUUUAGAGACAAACAAAACUCUGAAAAGUAUGGAGAUCAUUUAUAUUUCAUCCUCCUGAUUUAAUACUUUGUAAAACCACCUUUUUGCUGCAUUUCCAGCCUCAAUGCCUUUGGGGUCUGUUUCUACCAAUUUCUCACAUCCAGAGACUGUGAAGAUCAGUUUUUAAGUCUUGCCUUAGAUUCACAUUCCUGACCUAUUCUCAGUUGGUCAGUACUUUGACGAGGCAAUUCUGACACAUAAAUUUGCUUUGAUUUAAAACUUUUACAUUGCAACUCUGGCUGCGUGUUGAUGGUUGUUGCAUAGGAAAGUGGAGCAUUGCUCCAAUCUCUAGGUUUUUGUCUUGUGCUUAAUUUUGUAAUUAUUAGAAGUUAUCAGUAUUUAAAGGGAAAAUGCAUGUGUUUUUCCAACCUAAACAUAUUUUUGAUCAGUCCUACUAGAAACAUAUCAAUUGAUAAACAUAUCAAUUUAUGUGUCAGACAUAAAUGAAAUAUUGUUGUUUCAAUGUUUAUCAACCCCAACUGCAUUUAAGUGUUAUGUUGAUUUCAAGUCUUUGAUGAUUUGCUGAAGAAACAUGCUUGGUUAUUUAUAUUAAAUUAUGUUUUGUUUGUUAAAGCAUUUAAAAAUAUUAUAUGAGCUAUUAGAUAUUUCAGGUGUAAAAUGUAUAUAAUCAUAACUGGUCCUACUAGUUCUUAUGUUGCAAGAAAUUGCUUAAACCUAUGUUUUAAUGAUUUUUAAAUCACAUUUUUUCUUAUGAUGUAAUAUUAUAUAAUGACAAAUGUUUUGGAAGACUUAAAUGGGAAACACCAUUAAAUGUGCAAGUUAAUUCCAAAUAGCGGGAUCAUCAGAUCUAUAGUUAUAAAUGGUGAAAAAAUAUUAAAAUUAAAAUAUUUUUCCAGCG